AAGUGUAAGAGACCGCGCUGGAAUCACGGUCUUCGAUAUUUCAUACCAGCCAAAGAUAUCGCACUAAACGCAGUGUACGUAUUCAUAAAGGAACACAUUUUUUUCAUUGCCAUUUCACCGAUAUUAUCUAAGGCAUAGAUGUUUUUCUUCAGAGGAAAUAUUUCUGCCUUAAUUUGAGAUCGGGUCCUGCACAAGCCAUAUUCUAUUUGGAAAACACCUAUAAACAUCAUCACCAUAUUUCAAUGAAAACUGAGAUUUAGACGAAUUUUUCCUGUCUUCUGAGAAAGUGGUGUCCUGGUCAGGAAAAAAGUGAUUUAUCACAACAAUAUAUCAAAUUAGCGUUAUUCUUUACGAAAUGGAUAAGAUAAAGAACGUUUUAUCAAACUAGCCACAUCAUGGCAUACGAGGGAUACAGCCAGGAAAAUUUGACUAAACUAUACAUCACCCACACAGACGUCAGUGCUACGAAGACCGCUAUGUGUGAGACAGCCCGUUUUAUAGAAACUGCAGUGAUGGGGUACUUAGCAAUUGUCAUCGUUGUACUAGGAAUGAUUGGAAACAGUCUCUCUAUUGUUGUGUUAACGAGAAAGGCGAUGCAUACUUCUACCAACUGCUACUUGUUGGCACUAGCUAUCUGGGAUACCGUGGUAAUAAUCUGUACCUUACUUCUGAUGAGUAUCCCCUCCUUGUCUUCCGAGUUCAGGGAUCACGUGAUGCCAUACGUGGUGGUAUUAGUGUACCCUCUGGCUCUGACAGCCCAAAUGUCCACUCUUUGGCUUACUGUGUCCUUCACAGUGGAACGGUACAUCGCUGUCUGUCAUCCACUACGAGCUGCCCGAAUGUGUACAGUAGCGCGAGCACGUGUUGUCAUAGUGAUAGUAUCUGUUGUGUCUGUUCUGUUCAAUAUGAGUCGUUGGUUUGAAUAUCGUUUGAAAUUCCACGAUCCUGGGCAGUUUAGUAACAACCGGUCGGCAAUAUCUUACGAACAGACCGAUUUAGUGAAUAACGACGAUUACAAGCAAGUUUAUUUCUUCUGGCUCUAUCUUCUAGUUAUGUUUAUAGUCCCUCUGAUCUCUCUCUCGGUGCUCAACACAUUUCUGAUCCUUGCCGUCCGUCAGUCUCAGAUCCAGCGAAAAGACAUGAACGUCCGACAGUCACGUGAGAAUAACGUGACCAUCAUGCUGGUCUCUAUCAUCAUUGUGUUUAUCAUCUGUCAAAUUCCAGCACUGAUCUACAAUCUAGCUUGGGCCAUCGACAUGCAUACUGUAAAGAUGGCGUGUGGAUGGAACGUGCUUUCUACUUUCCGUAACUUCAUGGUGACUCUAAACAGCUGUGUUAACUUCAUACUCUACUGUGCGUUAGGACAACGAUUCCGUCACACGUUCAUCCGGUCAUUCUGUCGUUGCUUGAUAUUGACAGAAAAUGGUAAUUCCUUUCGGUAUGUUAACUCUGCUAUGAUGGCGUCAUCCUCCAUGAAUACCUAUUCCAAAUACCGGUUAGUUCGAGCUAAGCAGGGACUCUUGACAUUCCGAAUGAACGAUAUGUCACCUCCUACAGGUCUACAUAGGAGAUCGACACUACAGACGUCAAUGCAGCCCUCUAAGGAUACCACGAAAGUGUCUCUGAUGGACGGAGGAACAGGAACAAAGCACUCUCAGGGCAGUUCUUCCGAUACAACCCACGGCACUUCCCCCUCUAAGGACUCCCUCAACAAUGAUAUGUCCGACAAAGAGGCUGACACUACAAAUAUGGUGAAACCUUUGGAUCUACUUUGAACAACAUGUGUUCGGUGUCACAGACGUAAAAUAUACUUAAUAAAGUUAAUGACUUGUUUAUCAACUUUGGUCAAAAGCAAAAACAAAGGCAACAAAGGAAGGACAUUCCCAUUACAUUCCAUCUUAAUCGGAUAUGACCAUCAACAAAAACAAACAAGGCUUAAAUGCA